GCCUAUAUAAGCAAAAUUUUGGGGGUUUCUCCUUCAGAAGCCGCCGUCGAUCUUCUAAACCCUCACGUCGUCGUCUCCUUAACAGUGCGAAAUGGAUGCCGGGGUGAAGCAUGCUGUGGUGGUGAAAGUUAUGGGUCGAACUGGAUCAAGGGGUCAGGUGACACAGGUGAGAGUGAAGUUUUUGGAUGAUCAGAAUAGGUUUAUUAUGAGGAAUGUGAAGGGACCAGUCAGAGAAGGAGACAUCCUCACCCUGCUCGAGUCUGAGAGGGAGGCCAGAAGGUUGCGUUGAUGGGUUCAUCUUUGUUCCUAUAUCCAUAUUUUGGUGGCUCGAUUAUGAGUUUUGUAGUGGCAGCUAGUAUAUGACUGUUUUAUCCUGAGUUGUUAUGUUGAAGCUCGAUUACGAAUUUCUUGGUUUUUAAAGUUAAAAUGUAGUGUGAAGAUUGUUAUCUUUCUGGAUCACUUAAAAUUUACUUGUUUUGGAAUGCAUUGGCUUGAAUGUUAUGGGGAUUUUUAUGUGGUAUUGUGGACAUAUGAGCUAAUAGUAUGUUCUUCAA